CCAACCAACACCUCCUGUUCUUCAUGCUCUCUCUUAUUUACUUCCACUUAUGUUCAUGUUUGAAUUCCAUUUCUGCUUUGAGAAGCUGAAAAAUGUGGGCUCAUACUAAUCAUGUCCUCCAUGGUCUUAUGCAAAAACUUUAUCUUUAAUAAACCGAAGCUGCGGCGGAGCUCCUUUUAUCUGCACAGAAAUUCGUCGACAUUAGUUUCUCAACUGGGCGAUACAAGACGGAGGUUUGCCGCCGGGUUCAUCCCAAAUGCCGGGAAACGAAAAAGGGAAAGGAGCUGGUGGCAGAGAUUCUUUUUCGACGAGGAUGGCAAUUGGCUUGGUUUGAAGGAGGAUGACAUGCUGGUGGAGGCGGAGGAUGACUUGGAGAUGGACGGCUCUGAUGAAGGUGAGAAAUUUGAGGCGUGGAAGACGAGGGCUGAAGCAAUCGUGGAGCUGAGGGAAGCACAGCAAGAUAUGACGAACGAGGAGAAUCGCAAGUGGGAGGACUGGCUUGCGGAUUCUAAUUCUACUUCCUGGGAAGCUGUGCAGUCGGAUCCUACUCAAGAAAAGGGCUUGCUAUACUCUCUCACUGAUUUCGUUCUUAGAAAGGAAGAUGACGACGACGACGACGACAUGCUCUAUGAAGACCGUGUUUUCCGCUAUGCCUCACUCAAUUCGGCUAAAUUUUUGGCGGUGUUAAUAAUUAUACCCUGGGCCUUGGAUUUUGUGGUUCACGACUAUCUUCUGAUGCCUUUUUUAGACAGAUAUGUGAAGACUGUACCACUUGCUGCAGAAAUGCUUGACGUCAGAAGAAAUCAAAAGCUUCAAAUGGUUGAGGAAUUAAAAAUUGAGAGAGCAAGAUUUCAUUUUGAGAUGGAAAUUGGUAAAUCUCCACCGCUUUCUGAUGAGGAGGUUUGGUGGGAAUUGAGGCAUAAAGCAUUAGAGCUAAGAGAUGAAUGGAGAUUAGAGAAUCGUAAAGCAUUUGCCAACAUAUGGUCAGAUAUGAUAUUCGGGGUCUCAUUAUUCAUUCUUUUAUACUGCAAUCAGAGUAAAGUAGCUUUGCUGAAAUUUACAGGUUAUAAGAUAAUAAAUAAUAUUUCAGAUACCGGGAAGGCAUUUCUUAUUAUACUUAUCACAGAUAUUUUUUUAGGGUAUCAUUCUGAGUCUGGUUGGCAGACGUUGUUAGAAAUUUUUGUUGAGCAUUACGGGAUUGAUGUUGAUCAGUCUGCCAUAACCAUUUUUAUCUGCCUGAUUCCAGUUGUCAUUGAUGCAUGUGUGAAACUUUGGUUGUUUAAAUUCCUACCAAGAUUGUCCCCCAAGGUGGCAAACAUAUUCCGGGAAAUGAAGCGUCACUAGUAAAAUUCUUUAUUUGGGUUUUCUCUGACUUCUAAGAGAAUUCUGACCAAGAUAGCAUGUACCACCAAGAUUACAUUUUUUGAGUUAUUAUUGUUUGAUUUUUUCCUCGAUUUGGCGUAUAUAGAGGUUUAUCUGGUGUUGUAAAUGUUGAUGAUAAAUAUGAACAAUUUCUCAAGUCUUUAUUCUUCUGUGAGAUUAUAGGACAUUGUAGUUGUUGGGAUAUCAUUCAUACCCAUAAAAGAUCUGUGUACGAUUGAACCUAAAUAUAUGCUUAAUUUUAAGUUUGCAUA